AUGGCUGAUACUCAUCAUGCUGAUAAGCUCAUGGAAUCUGAUGACAUGUUUGGAUUUAUCGUCAUGGAUGGUGAAGGCACUCUAUUUGGGACCUUGAGUGGUAAUACAAGACAGGUGCUUUACAUGUAUCGUUUGUUUCCUCCAAAGAAACAUGGAAGAGGAGGGGAGCCAGCACUACGGUUUUCCCGUGCUCACUUCUUAAAGCAUAUUAACCAUGGGAGGAAGACUGAUGAGCUUGCAAGCAUGCUUUAUAUCGAUCCUAAUACCCGACAGCCUAAUGUUUGUGGAUUAAUACUUGCUGGUUCUGUUGAAUACAAAACUAGACAGUUAGUUGAUAUAAUUGAUCCCCUUCUUAAGGAAAAAAUAGUUAAUGUUGUCGAUGUAUCUUAUGGAGAGGAGAAUGGAUUAAAUCAGGCCAUUGAAUUAUCUUCUGGAAUUCUGUCCAAACCAAAGUUUGCUAAGGAGUAG